GUCAGGCUGAGACCCGCACCCGCGACCCGGAUCUGGCCGAACCGAAUCCCGACGAGCAUUCGCACCGGCGGCGAAGAUGGGCGGCGACCAUGGCGGCCACGGCGCUGGAGGGGGCGACUUCCGGCAGAAGGUGUGGAGCAUGACGGGCGGGCCCAACUGCCGGCCCGUCCACUGGCGCCGCAACACCGCCAUCGCCAUGCUCGGCGUCUUCCUCGUCUGCAUCCCCAUCGCCAUGAAAUCCGCCGAGCUAGAGCAACGCCCGCAUCACCCAGUCCGCCCAAUCCCAUCUCAGCUUUGGUGCAAAAACUUUGGCAAAAAGGAGUACUGAAGGCCGCACCGACUUGCAUGGAGUAGCCCUGGUUAUUUUUUACCUUCUUUUGUCAUAAUCGAAUAUGUGCUCAGCAGUGAACGCUGGAAGUACAUCCUUGGGCUUGUAUGCUAGAUGUGCUAUGUAACUCUUUCGACUUUUAUUAUCACAUACAAGGAGUGCCUGUUUGCAGUUCAAAUAAACUCGUGAUGCAUAAGCUCUGGAUUUA